CGCUUGCAAAAGGGAGGACGCGCGUAACUUCCACACGGAGACAAACAGACACCGAGCUCCGUUCUCUCCGCCCGCCCCCCUGAGGUAAACGUAAUUUCCGGCGGUACCAACUGCUCCGGCCUCUCGUCACUUCCUCCGCUGCCGGCGCUUCCUGUUCCUGCCCAGCGCAGGUCGGCCUAGCUCGUGUUCACGUCCUGUGCGUGCGCCUCCUCCUUCCCCGCCGCCCGCUCGCUUCCUCCACCCCCCAGCCCUCGCCGCACGCGCCGCGUUUUCCUCCCGCCUCCCCGGAGCCGCCGCCGCCGCCAUGGCGAUGAGACAGACCCCGCUGACGUGCUCGGGGCACACGCGGCCCGUGGUGGACCUGGCCUUCAGCGACAUCACCCCCUACGGCUACUUCCUCAUCAGCGCCUGCAAGGAUGGUAAACCUAUGCUACGCCAGGGUGACACGGGUGACUGGAUUGGAACAUUUCUAGGUCAUAAAGGUGCUGUCUGGGGUGCCACUCUGAACAGGGAUGCCACUAAAGCAGCUACAGCAGCUGCAGAUUUUACAGCCAAAGUAUGGGAUGCUGUUUCAGGGGAUGAACUGAUCACACUGGCUAACAAGCAUAUUGUCAAAAGUGUGGAUUUUACUGAGGACAGCAAUUACCUGUUGACAGGUGGACAAGAUAAAUUGUUGCGUAUUUAUGACUUGAGCAAGCCAGAAGCAGAACCUCAGGUGGUCAGUGGACAUACUUCGGGUAUUAAAAAGGCUUUAUGGAGCAGUGAUGACAAACAGAUCCUUUCAGCUGAUGAUAAAACUGUCCGCCUCUGGGACCGGAAUACCAUGACUGAAGUAAAAGCAAUAAAUGUUUCAAUGUCUGUGAGCAGCAUGGAGUAUGUUCCUGUGGGAGAGAUACUGGUGAUAACCUAUGGGAGGACUAUUGCUUUUCAUAGUGCAGAGACUCUAGAGCAGAUUAAAUCGUUUGAAGCUCCUGCUACAGUCAACUCUGCAUCCCUUCACCCUGAGAAAGAAUUUCUUGUUGCAGGUGGUGAAGACUUUAAACUUUAUAAAUAUGACUAUAAUACAGGAGAAGAGCUAGAAUCUUACAAAGGACACUUUGGUCCCAUUCACUGUGUGAGAUUUAGCCCAGAUGGAGAGUUGUAUGCUAGUGGCUCUGAGGAUGGAACGUUAAGACUGUGGCAGACGACAGUAGGGAAAACAUACGGUCUUUGGAAAUGUGUAGUUCCUGAAGAGGAGGGUGGAGAGCUGGCAAAAGCAAGGGUCAGCCUUCCAGGAACUGCAGAAGAGGAGCUAGAAGACCUUGCUUCUGAAAAUUCAGAUUCCAUCUACAGCUCAACUCCUGAAGUUAAGGCUUGACCAUCACAGCUGUUAUGCAGCAAAUGGACAUAGCGACUAAAUCAAGCAAAUGGUGAUAAGCAGCAGCCUUCCAGAGUGUGCUCUCUAUAUAAGGCAAAGAUGGGCAGUAAUUGAUGAGAAUAUGUUGGAACUGGCUAGGUGGUAUCCAUAAGAGAACUGAGUAUCUAAAAAGACAAGGAGUAGUGUUUUGCUGUAUUUUAGCACACCUGCCUACUGUCUGAAUGAAGUGUGCAAGCCAAGAUCCAGUCUCUCCAAUUUCAAUUAAACUUAUUGUAGUGUGUUUUCUUUAUUACGGAGAAAAAAUGUAAUGGCUUUUACCAGUAUUUUUUUCUGAAAGUUGACAGAUGUGGCAUUAGUUGUAAAGAAGGGAUUAUGUGCUCAAGUAUUUGGUUCGUUUUUUCUGUUUUAUUGUACACCGCUUCUGAACAUCUAACUGUUUUCAGUUGUCUAAAUAAAAUGCCUUGACAACAGACUCAUAUUUUAUUGUUGUUUCACAUUGGGUUCAUGGAAUAGAAGAGCAAUUGUUAUUGCUCAGCUCUUACUAAUAUUCAUUUUUUUUAGUAUUCUGCAAAGAGGAAAAGGGAACAAGGAUUUUUUCAUAUUAAAGUCUCUGGAAUAGUGGGUGACGGGUACCCUGCUUCACAAGUCUUGUAUCUUUUAUUCUUUAAACUUAGUUAAAAUCUCUAAAAGAUCAUUUUUGAAACACCUGAAGUAUAUACUGCAAACAUAUUUUGGUUGUACAUCAGAAUUGUUUCAGAAGCUGACCAUAUUCGUUUACAGUGGAUUUGUACAGAGCAUGCUUUUAGUCAUCCAAGCUGGCUUACAAAAUAGGUUUUUCUUUUCCUUCAAUAUAAACCAUAUUUUUCUUCAUUAAAGCCAUGUUAUUACCAUA